AUGAGAGCAGCUCAGAGUCGACAGAAGAGCUAUGCAAAUAACCGUCAUCGCCAAUUAGAGUUUGAGGUCGGGAAUAAGGUAUUCUUGAGGAUUGAGCUGAUGAGGGGAGUCAUGAGGUUUGGAAAGAAGGGCAAGUUGAGCCCUAGAUUUGUCAGACCCUUUGAUAUUCUUGAUCGGAUUGGCCUAGUUGCUUACAGGGUAGCCCUACCACCAACACUCUCAAGGGUACACAACGUAUUUCAUGUAUCUAUGCUGCGGAAGUACAUACCUGACGCCACCCACAUUAUUAACUACAAGCCUCUUCAACUUCAGGAAAAUCUUACUUAUACGGAAGAGCCGGUGCAAAUUAUAGAGAGAACAAAACAAGUAUUACGAAAUCAGACUAUUCCAUUGGUUAAAGUGGUAUGGAAUAAUCAUGCUAUCAAUGAAGCCUCUUGGGAAUUAGAAGAUGAAAUGCGAGUCAAGUACCCACAGUUGUUCGGCGGAGAUCUUGAUAACAUGUGA